GUCACAUUAAUGGCAUUUGUCAACGGCCCAGCCGCGGUCACACUGGUGGCAAAAAAAAAACGGGAUCGGAAAAACCAUAACGCGAAAAUAGGAUUCCAGCAGCCGCAUUUUAUAAAUUAAGUCCGACUUCCGAAUUCUGAAAACAGCGGUAGAAACUUCAAAAAGUCUGUGCAGGGAAGUGGAGAACGUGAGCGACGACCAGCGAAGCGAAGGAAAAGGAAUACAUACAUACGUACACACGUCUCGCUGCGGAGGAAUAUAUGUAUCCAUCUGGGAGUGUGUGUGUGUACUGCAACUUCUAGGCGUAAAAGAGAGAGCGAUACAUUCCCGACUGGCGACUUUGGAGCGUCGCAAGAGCGAGCGAGAGAGAGAGAGCGGAGCCAUGGACGGCGUUUGGAUGUUUUUGGGGAACAAAGGCAUCAAGAGCUAAAAUGAUUUGCCACAGCCACCGUGAUAUAUUUUGGAUAAGCAGCCAAAGCCAAGCCAUCCAAGACCAAUUCCAAUCCAGUGUGUCGUUGUGUGUAAGUGUAUGUCUCGACAAAAAACCGUGGAAAAAGACGCACGCACACAGAAGCAGCCAAAGCAUCGUUUUGCGAGUAUGAGCGAGAGGCAAUAGAGCCUUAGUGAAUAAUUCAUUUAAGACUGUCCUGCAGAAUGGUCGUCGGCUCGAAUCACACGCGGCGAGGUGAAACUGGCAGCAGAUUUACAAACAGCAGUAGUUCCAGUGGCUCAAACGGUGGUCCCACCGCUUCGGCCAGCAGCACCACCAGCUCAACGUCUUCACCAGCCACCAACUCCACGACGACGGCGGCGGCUCUGUUGUCGUCCAUGUCCCAUAAGGGCCAUGGCCCGUCGCCAUCCGCACCGCCAUCUGCGCACCACCAGGCGAGCCAGCAGCACCACCAGGCGGCGAACCACCAUCCACAUGCCCCCUAUCACCAGGCGAGCCAGCAUCCCAGCCAUCAUAAUCAGCCGUCGCAUCACUCCUCAAAUGGCAGUGGAGGCGGAUCAGGAGGAACGGGCUCGGCAUCAGGAUCUGUUGUCAGUGGACUCAAUGGCAGCAACGGCAGCGCCGUCAGCCGACUGUCGCAAUCCACUGGCAUGACGCCGCGUGAACUUUCUGAAAACGAUGACUUGGCCACAUCGCUGAUCCUCGAUCCGCAUCUCGGUUUUCAGACCCACAAGAUGAACAUACGCUUCCGCCCACUAAAGGUGGACACGCAGCAGCUGAAGGCCAUAGUGGAUGACUUCAUCCACACGCAGAACUACGAUGUGGCCAUUCAGCGCAUCUACGAUGGUCCUUGGAUACCGCGUCAUCUGAAGAAUAAGAUGAAGAUCGCCACCAAGCGCCUCCACGAUCACAUCGUUCGCUACCUGCGCGUUUUUGACAAGGACAGUGGCUUUGCGAUCGAGGCCUGCUACCGAUAUUCGCUGGAAGAGCAACGUGGCGCCAAGAUCAGCUCGACGAAGCGUUGGUCAAAGAACGACAAGAUCGAAUGUCUGGUGGGCUGCAUAGCUGAGCUAACGGAGGCCGAGGAGGCGGCCCUGUUGCACUCUGGCAAGAAUGACUUUUCGGUGAUGUAUAGCUGCCGCAAGAACUGCGCGCAAUUGUGGCUGGGACCGGCUGCCUACAUUAAUCAUGAUUGUCGCGCCAAUUGCAAGUUCUUGGCCACUGGCAGGGAUACAGCGUGUGUGAAAGUGCUGCGCGACAUUGAAGUGGGCGAGGAGAUAACCUGCUUCUAUGGCGAGGACUUCUUCGGGGACUCCAAUCGCUAUUGCGAGUGCGAGACGUGCGAGCGACGUGGAACUGGCGCUUUUGCCGGCAAGGAUGACGGCCUGGUGUUCGGCCUGAGCAUGGGUCUCGGUCUGGCGACCAGUGGGCCCGGCAAUAACGGUGGCUAUCGCCUGCGGGAGACGGACAAUCGGAUCAAUCGCAUUAAAAGCCGGGCCAACUCCACAAACAGCACCUCAAACAGCAACAGUAACACAAAUGAUUCCACUGGCACCAGCGAGAGUAGCAGCACGAACGGAUUGGUUUCUGGCGGAGCAGCAGGAGGAGCGACAGGAGCAACUGGAGCCGCGGUGCCUGCAGUGUCGCAGCAGCUGAUCACUGGCGGCAAGGAGGUGGCCACCGCCGCUGUCUCGCUGGCCGAAAAGAAACUGCCUAACGUUGUGGUCUCUCCGCUUACGAUGAAGGAGUUGCGGCAGAAGGGCAUGACCAAGUACGAUGCCGAGAUGAUAAUGGCCAAUGCAGCCUACCAGCAGCAGCACCAUCAUCAGCAUCACUUCCAUCACCACCAUCAUCAUCAUCACCAUCACCACAACCAUGGCCAGCAUGCGAGCACCGGAGCGGAGGCCACAGCGGCUGUGCAGCAAAUGGCGGCCUUGCAGAAGCCAGGAGGAGCUGGAACUGGAGGAAGCCCAGGAGGUGGUGGUGGUGGAACCGGACCUGGAGGUGGAAAUGCCUGUGGAGUAACUUCAGUGGGCGGCAGCGGCGUGGCCGGCGGAGCGGGCUCCGAGUUAAAUGGCGGCGGACGCUCUAGCAGCCUGCGCAAAUCGAUGCGUGUGAAUAGCACCAGCAGCAGCAUAUCGACAGCCUCCACGGACGAGGUGGUGGUGGCCCCGGUGGCCGUUGCCAGCAGCAGUAGCAGCAGCAGCAGCAACAGCAUUCCGCUGCCCACCAAAGCGCCGGUGGUGCUUGUGCCACGCUGCAAGCCCGCCCAGAUGGCCAUCGCCGCCCUGCACCAGCGACAGCAGCGCCAGCUGCGGCGCAGCGAGCGGCAGAAGGACAAGCUCACGGACGGCGAGAGCAGCGACAAUAGCACCGAGCAGCAGAAAAGGGAGCAGAAGCAGCAGGAUCAGCAGCUGACGCCCAAAGCGUUUGCUCAUCAGGGGCAGCCGGAGAGGCAGAGGAAGCAUCAGGAACAGCAGGAGAAGCGUGUGACGCGUAAUAGUGCAGGAAAAGGAGGAUUGGUAGCCAGAUUAGCCACUGCCCAUAACAAUAACAUUGCAACCACAGCAACAGCAACAACAACAACAACAAACAACAACAGCAGUAAAGCAACAACGAUUACAAAUUGUAAUAAUCAUAAUAGUAAUAAUAGCAGUAGAAUUAAUCAUAAUUCUAAUCUUAGCGGUAGACUUAGUGUUAAAUCGAAGAAGCCAGCACCAAGUGAGGCCUCGUCCACACCCUCAUCCACAUCCACAUCCACAUCAUCAGAAAAUCAGCAGCAGCAGCAGGCAACGCGUCGCAGUCGCAGCCCGAGUCCCGCCUACAAGAAGAACCUUUUGUCCAGUUUCGGUCCCGACCUUGCCCCCAACCAAACGGGCAAGCAGCAGCAGGAUCAGAGGGACGGAGGAGCUAUUAAUCCGCCGGUCAAGCAGAAACGGAGCCGGAGGGCAGCUGCCCUUGCAGCGGCGCAGAGUAUCCAUUGCGAGGCGCUGGGCGGAUUCUCAUCGGGAUCUGUUGGUGGUGGCCAGCGCAAAACAGCCCAUCCGGUAGAAGCUGCUGCCACUUCGUCUUCAUCUUCCUCGAGGAGUAACAUCAAUGUGGAGCCGCUUCUAAAGACGCCAGAGCGCAGGCUAAAGUUAACGCUCCGCAUGAAGCGUUCCCCCAUCCUCGACGAAGUCAUUGAGUUGGGAACGAGCCUGAGCAACGGGGGAACUGGCCGGAAUGCAGCGGCAUCGCAUCGCGGCGGAGCGGGAGCCGAUGGCUCGAAUAGAGCGGCCCUCAAUCUAACGGGCGGCAGUUCCAAUGGCAUCGAGUACGAGAUCCUGCGCAUGGAGGGCAUCUCCGAGCACGGCAACGAUGACGAUGACGACGACGAGGAGGAAGACGAGGAGCACGAGGAAGAGGACGAAGACGAUGAGCCAGCUGUCGAGGAGGAGGACGAACCGCCGCCAAGGAAGGAACAGCAGCAGCUGCUCACCAAGAAGCAGAGAAAGAAACAGCGCAGCCGGAGCAGGAGCAGCCAACGCAGAUCGCCAGCGCCGAGCAGCAGCAGCAGUGCCAUGUACGGCACGCCGCAGAAGAAGCGACUUCGUCUGAUCUUUGGCAAUGAGUCCCACACCAUAGACAUUCCACCAUCAGCAGCUGCCGAGGGAGCGGAAGGCAGCGGCAUCGACGACCUAAACAGCAGCGGCGGUGGUGGCGAUGAGUCCUUCAAUGCUUCGUACGCCAGCAGCACUAGCUUGACGGUCAACACCUCCUCCAGCAGCACAAGUUCAUCCGGCGGCGGCGGCGGCAGCGGGGGAGGAACCACCACCUCUUCCUCAACCGAUGCGGCAGUGGACUCUUCCACAGCGGGCCAAUCCAAUGCCGCCCAAUCGCCCUCGUCCACCACCAGCAGCUCCUUCCAAUCGGCCUGCACCUCGACCACCAACAGCAACAACUACUUUCCAAAUGGAAAGCAGCGAGCUGCUGGCGAGGAUUCCUAUGCGAUGCACUACUAUCAGCUGUGCAAGUUUGCUGGCACCUCGAGUCCGGGACAAGGACAGGCGAUUGUGAGCAGCAGCAGCGGGGGAUCUUCGAAAGGAGGAGGAGGAACUGGAGCUGGGGCUGGAGCUGGAUUCCUGAGCAUGCCCAAGCACACAUUCGGCACUUGUGCUCUCCUCGCGCCCACUAGUUUUGCCAGCCUGCAAAAUCAGUCGCAGAUUAACCAGCAAAAGUCCAGCGCAGGCGGAGGAGGAGGAGGGGGUGUGGGUGUGGUGGCCACAUCCACGUCGGCAACGCCUGCGUCGUCCUCCUCGAAUCAUCAUCAUAACAACCAUCAUGGCCAGAAAUAACCAACGACUGAUCUCCAAGCAAAUUGACUAAGCACAGCUGCCAUUGCCAAGGCAAACGAAGGAACGACGACGAGUGGGAGAAGCCAGAACAGGGAUACGAAGGAGCGGCGGGAGUGUGUCGAGGAGCACCAGGUGAUGAGCAGGAUGGGCAGGAAAAGGAAACGCAACGGAUGGGCAGGAUGGGGGCCUAAGGAUUGCUGCUCUGCUGGCGUCGUUGCCUCUGCUGCUGCUUAACCUGUGAAAGCACCCUGUAGAAACUUAGUUUUAGGUCUUAGUUCAUGUAGAUCCUUCAUAGAUCCUUGGUUUUUAUAUUCAGGAAUCAAAAAAACAGGCUGACAAAUUUUUAAAAUCGAAUCUGGAUAUAUAUACCUGA